AUGGACCUUUAUAAAGUCGUCUUAGUUCUAUUGUUUUGUGAGCUAACGAGUUUGUGUACAGCUCAGGGGGCUAACUACGUUUAUUUCAAUGUGUCUGGCUGCUUGGCAUUCUUUGCGCGCUCGAUUUCCAUAAAAUUUGUUAACGGUAAAACAGCUAGUGUAGUACCCAUUCCGGCGAGUUCACUGUCCUUUUCUCCACUCAGUAAAUGUGCUGAUCCUGAUUCGUUUCUCGUUUUCACUUCAUCCAAUGUUGGGGAAAUCUCUAAUCUUAAUGUUAGAAAGUCUGGACGUUACUGGAGUGUAUCUGAAUCGUCGAUUGAUAUCAAAUGCCAGCCUAAUUCCAAGUCGUGCAUCAAUGUACCUGGAUAUCCCUUAGUCAUAAAAUGGGCUGAAGCCCCAAUCAGUCUUGGUUACAAAUGCACGAAGCCUCCAGUCGCACCAGUGAUCAUGCCAUCAGGUUCAGGGAGUUCGGUUUCUAUCCUAUUUAGUAGCAUACAGGUCCAACCGUUUGGCGUAAAAGGUGGUGUAUUUGGUGAUGUAACAGAUUGUGUUGGAUACUUCAGUAUCGGUGUCUGGUCAUCAUUGAUUGUUUCCAUUCUUUUAGUUUCUGUGUUAACAUACGGUUUAGUUAUGUUAGCAUCUGUACAACCAAAUGAAAUAUAUGAAGAUCCUAAAAAGAAAAUGAUUCAACUUGGUUCUGAUAACUAAAGGAAUCAUAGAUAAACUCUUCAUCGUAAAUAUUUAUCCUAUAUAUUUAUAUAUACAUAUAUGUGUUCUCAAGCAUAAUCCCUUUUGUAUUUGCAUACAAGGCUAGUUAUUCUUCGUGACUUUCUCAUUUUUGUUUUUUACUAAUGUUGAUGUGUAUUGUGCACACUACAGUAAUUUAUUUACUGAAGAUCUAUUUUGUCUUUAAUUUUAAAAUUCACUGUUGAUUAAUUGAAAAAUAAAAUAAAAAAUUAUAUCGCUUUUUAAUUAUUAUCUGG